GGCAGGGUGUCGGAGGAGCGACUGUCCCCUGCAGCGGCGCCAGACCGCCCAGCCCGCCGGACCGCCGGACCGCGCCGCCGCCGCCGAGUCACAGCUCAGGCCGUGCUGCCAUGGGUGACCCGGAGCUGGGCGAGGGCCCGGCCGAGGCCGACCGCUCCCAGACACCCGAGGACGGCCUGGACCCGGCUAUUGACUCCGAGCUCAACCCGCACGAGAAGCGCUUCCUGCUGUUCGCCGAGCGCGGCGAUGUCGCCUCCGUCAGAGCGGACCUAGAGAGGACCAAGGCGAACCAUCUGAUCAACAUCAACUGUACCGAUCCUCUUGGAAGAACGGCUCUUGUCAUCGCCAUCGACAAUGAAAAUAUGGAGAUGAUCGAAUGUCUGCUGAACGCCGGCGCUGAGCCCCGGGACUCGCUGCUGCACGCCAUUUCCGAGGACUAUGUCGAGGCCGUCGAGUACCUGCUCUCCUGGGAGGAGGCCAACCACCAGAAGGGAGAGCCCUACUCGUGGGAGCGGAUCGACGAGCGUGUGGCCAUCUUCACGCCCGAGAUCACGCCGCUGAUCGCCGCCGCACAGCGCAACAACUACGAGAUCCUGAAGCUGCUGCUGGACCGCGGCGCCACGCUGCCGCUGCCGCACGACAUCAAGUGUGGCUGCGACGAGUGCGUCUUCUCACAGCAGAGGGACAGCCUCAGACACUCGCGGUCACGGAUCACGGCCUACCAGGCGCUGGCGUGCCCCUCGCUCAUCUGUCUGUCGUCCCGCGACCCCAUCAUGAGCGCGUUCGAGCUGAGCGCCGAGCUCAGGAAAUUGUCGACGGUCGACACCGAGUUCAAGACAGAGUACCUGACGCUGCGGAAGAACGUGCAGACAUUCGCCGAGAGUCUGGUCGACCAGACGCGCAAGUCGCACGAGCUGGAGAUCAUCCUCAACUACGACCCGGAGGGCGGCGCCUACCAGCCCGGAGACAGAAUGCACUUUGAGCGCCUCAAACAGGCCAUCCGGUUCCGCCAGAAGGAGUUUAUCGCGCACGCCAACGUGCAGCAGCUGCUCGGCACCGUCUGGUACGACGGCAUGCCCGGCUUCCGGCGCAAGAGCGUGCUCGGCCAGCUGGCAGAGAUCGGCAAGAUCGGCGCCAUGUUCCCCGUCUACUCGACCAUGUACAUGGUGGCGCCGCACUCCUCCUGGGGGCAGCACUGCCGCAAACCGUUCGUCAAGUUCAUCGUACACUCCAGCAGCUACAUGUUCUUCCUCUUCCUGCUGGUGAUGGUGUCGCAGCGCGUGGAGAGUACCGUGGUGCGCCUGUUCGGCACAGAGUCGAUGAUCGAGUGGCAGGACGAAUACGAGCGCAGGUCGCGCGGCGCCAUUCCCACCUACGUCGAGAUGAUGGUCAUGUUCUACAUUUUCGCCUUCAUCUGGGCGGAGGUGAAGCAGCUAUGGGAGAACGGGCUGGUCCACUACCUGGGCGACAUGUGGAACAUCGUCGACUUCGGCACCAACUGGUUCUACGUCAACUGGAUCCUGCUGCGGGUGACGGCGUUCAUCGUGGUGUGGCGAGAGCAGGCGGCCGGUAUCGACCCGUGGCGGCCCAAGGACCAGUGGCACCCCUACGACCCCAUGUUCAUAUCGGAGGCCAUGUACGGAGCGGCCAACAUCUUCAGCUUUCUGAAGCUGAUCCACAUUCUGUCCGUGAGCCAGCACCUGGGACCGCUGCAGAUCUCCCUGGGACGCAUGGUGUUCGACAUUCUCAAGUUCAUGAGCAUCGUCAUGCUGGUGGUAUUCUCGUACGGAUGCGGUCUGAAUCAGAUGCUGUGGUUCUACUCAGAGACGGACAAGAACCUCUGCUUCUCCGGACCGGGUGGGACGCCCAACGAAGAUUACGAGAACUCGUGCCAAAUCUGGCGCCGCUUUUCAAAUCUGUUCGAGACCAGCCAGUCGCUGUUCUGGGCGGCGUUUGGACUAAUCGACCUGGAGAAUUUCGAGCUGACUGGCAUCCCGGAGUUCACGCGGUUCUGGACACUGCUCAUGUUCGGCAGCUACUCCACCAUUAUCAUCAUUGUGCUCAUCAACCUGCUGAUCGCCAUGAUGUCCACCUCAUACACCAUCAUCUUCGAGCGCUCCGACUUGGAGUGGAAGUUCGCCCGCUCCAAGCUUUGGAUGAGCUACUUCGAGGACGGCAGCACGCUGCCCCCGCCGUUCAACAUCAUCCCCACGCCGAAGAGCAUGAUGCGCCUGAUGGGCGUGGGCCGCGUGCAGCAUGCCGCCUCGUUCCGUCUCAAGGAUCAGCAGAAGCGCGACAAGCAGUACUUCAGCGUGAUGCGCGCCCUGGUGCGCCGUUACGUCACCAGCGAGCAGAAGAAGAUGGAGGACACGGGCGUGACCGAGGACGACAUCAACGAGGUCAAACAGGACAUCAACAGCUUCAAGUACCAGCUGCUCGACGUGCUCCGCAAGAACGGCAUGACUAUCGGCAACUCCGAGGAGGACAAGGUCGGCGGAGGCCGUAAGCAGCAGCAGAAGGAGCGCCGGCUCAUCAAGGGCUUCAACAUCGGCAUGGUGGAGAACGCCAACUUCAGCCUCAGCUCCAAUGCCGGCAACCAGGCCGCCGACUUCUUCAGCGGCAUACUGCUUGGAAAACGCAAGCAAUCCAGCAAAAAGAAGGACUGGAACGCCGUGGUACGGGACAGCAUGCGGCGCCGGGACCACAUCGGCUCGUCGGUGGUCAGUCUGGACCGCGCCCGGCGCCGCUCCAAGCGUCUCACACAGCGCCGCAAGGAGGCGCUCUCCAAGGGACUGGCCAUGACACCCGUGCCCAGACCCAAGUGGAAGAAGGUCCAGUACAUGUCGCAGCACGGCGCGUUCCGCGACGGCAUACUGGACCAGGAGCUGGUGAACCAGAUCCUCAACAUGGACCGGCGCCUGUCCACCGGCUGGGGGCGCGUGCAGGCGCUCCAGCUGCGCGGCGCCUUCUCGCCCUGCGGCGCCGACGAGCCGAUCCUCGAGGAGGACGAGCGGCGCGCCAGCGUCUACCCGAGACCGGCGGCCGGCUCGCCCGCUCCAGAGCCGGACACCCGCUGUUCGUCCGCUCAGUCGGGUCGGGAGUCGGCCGCGGGCGCGGGCUACGCUAUCGGGGAGGAGGACGAGGGGGAGGCGGCCUCCCAGCCGGCGCCGCCGUCCCAGGCCGGCGACGGCGACGGACCGUCGCGCCGACCCUCGGCCGUCAGUGGCGCCAGCUCCCGACCUCCCUCUCAGAAACGGCGUGCCCCGACGCCCCCUGGCAGCAGCGCCGCUCCGCGGGCCGGCUCCGGCGCCGGGCAGCCCGCCGCCACCGCUCCCUCCCCGCAGCCAGACGCGGCGCCCACCAGCAGCGGAAGCGCCGCGCCGGCACCACCGGCAACUCCGGCAAAGGAGACGAGCGCAGCGCCAUCCGCGGCGCCGUCCACGAGACCAUCCGCCGCGCCGUCCCCAGAGCCGGCCGCUACGUCAACCCCGAGACCGUCCACCACACCCACCCCACAGCCGUCCGCAGCUCCCUCACCGGGGCCGUCCGCAGCUCCCACCCCGGGGCCGUCUGCCGCGCCCUCCCCGGCACCGUCUGCCGCGCCCUCCCCGGCACCAUCGCUCGCGCCCUCCCCGGAGCCGAGGGCGGCGGCUGGGGACACCGCGGACAGGAGGAAGAGCUCGGUGACGCCGACCCUGCCGCCGCCGCCCCGGUCCUCGCCCCGCGGCUCACUAUGUCCGCCCCCGGCGUCAGCUACCCGGCGACCCUCCGCCGGCUACAGCCGCCAGCAGAAGGGCGGCUGGCUGUAGGCCGCAGGUCGGCUACAGCAGAGGGGCGGCGACCCUCCGCCGGCUACUACUGGCGGCUACAGGCGCCAGCAGAAGGGCGGCUGGCUGUAGGCCGUAGGUCAGCUACAGCAGAGGGGCGGCGACCCUCCGCCGGCUACAGCCGCCAGCAGAAGGGCGGCUGGCUGUAGGCCGUGGGUCGGAUACGGCAGAGUCGCUGGCCUCUGCCGGCAGAGUCGCUGGCCUCUGCCGGCGACUGAGGCCCGCCGACAGCUCCGACUGGACUUUAUCGGCCGAACGGUUCGGGAUCCCCGGUACAGCCCACCGAGCUCCGUCAAACGCAGCGUGCUCUCGGCCCAGUGGUAACUGUAGCUUAUUCAGGAUGAUGCAUAACAUAGCGAAUUGAAGUAUACAGUAUACACGGAGUUCUAUAGCCUUGGACCCUUGGUAUACGAGUACACAUCAAAACGGGCCAUCAAGCUACUGCAAGCAAUCAUUUCAUGAUGCUAUGAACUGUGAAUAAACGCCAGUUCAAUUGGACAAUUCUGAGACCGGGACGUAUGCAUUUAAGUUAUUCGCAAUUUAAGUUAUGUGUCAGGCAUAAUUACUACCGGUUUCAGCAAAACACGAAUAGAAUGCAUUUCAUUGCAAGUUGCAGGGAAACGGAAGCUCCCUUGUGAUAUUUGAUAGCCAGGCAAAGCGUUCCUAGAAGAUUAGGGAUAUGUGCAUUAGUAGCCGAUUGUGUUACCAUUGCUUAUGUUAUGUAUGCUAGUGUACUUUGUUAGCACCUUAUGUUAUGUUUAUGUAUAUGUUAUAGCAUAUUCAUAAUGUUACUCAGCACUUUAUACCACCAACCAUGAGCUUCUUCACCUAAAUGCACGACAUAGUUAAGUAGUUUAAUACUUAUAACAUUAAAUGAAUAGCUUAUUUCAGCGAGAAGUGCUGAGUUAUGUUUCUUGUUCAUGACCGCUUAUCUGGUGUUGGCUUCAAAUAUAAUUACUCUAUCCUUGUCUA